UUCCCACUGUCAGGGUUCGAACUCAUGUACCACGGCACACAAAUCGAACACCGUAACCAUUGGACCACAGUUUAAAAUGUCUAAUUUGCACGCCAUAGUGCAACAUAUUGCCCUCGCGUCUGUUGAUUGUCAACUACUUCGAACUUUCAUGGUUCAGCUAUUUUCGAUCAUUCUUGCGCAGUUUGCUACGUACCCACCCGUAUUGAAUAAACUUGCGGUUUUAUUGCGCAUUAAUGUUUAGGAGGUUACAAUUGCUACACGUACGUUGCACUGCUGCGCUGUGAACGAUAUUAUCAUUUCGCGGGAAUAAUCCUCAUCUGAGCUGCUUCAUUAGAAUCCAACAGUUAUAGACGUCUCAUCAACUUACAGGAGGAUGGCAAAGCUUACCAGUCGUAGUGGGAUGCUGGUUUUUACUGGCGCUGUGGACGUCUUCUUUGGCCUUGCCUUCAUUCUUUUGGGAAAAGACUCUGUGUUAAUUUUCCCUCACGGGGCGGUCGGUGUGCCAAUGUGGACUGGCAUCGGAAUUGUUUUGAUUGGUAUCGGGAAUAUCAUAUCUGUGUUGACCGCCAGCAAGAAGAAACGCAACACGCAGUUUUUCGAUAUCAACUGCAGCUCGUUGGUGCUGAACCUGGUCGGCUUGAUAUUAGCUGCUUGCCUGAUUGGCUUCUACAUCUGGGGUGCUUGGUCCGUACUGGAACAAGGUUCCCUUACUACCAACGUGCCUGGUUCAUCAACUGUCACUCACGAGGAUGCGAUUUUGAUCUUCACCGCCGUCAUCAUAAUGGCUAUGCUGGUCUUCAUCAUAAGCCUGAUGGCCAUGUUCAUGGACUGCUGCAGCUAUGCUCUGUUCACCGGCGGGCCUGGAGUGGGAGACUACGGGUCACCCCGCCCACCACGCGGCAGCAUGUAUGACAGCCCAUACGGAAUGCCACCACCACACAUGUACAAGCAGUAGAUGAUACAAUCCAACAGCAUCCAUCGGUUUCUACGGUAAGAACCCUUGCGCAUGACCCACAGAGGGCGCUAUACACUACCAUUCAACAUAAUAUUCCAACGUAUAUAUAUAUCGUAGUCAUCUACAGUUUAAAACACGUUUUUUAUCGAAAACAGCACUCUUUCUUCCAACACUUCUCAGUUUGCAAAUCCUUGUGGAAAGAACGAAAAUUGAAGAAAAAAAAUUGACUCUCGAAAAAGGUUCGUGGGGAUGCUGCGUGUUGAUGUAAGUUUUGAAUGUCUUCUGCUCACGGUAUUUUGACAACCGUGGAGUAAUUAAUUAAAUAAAUAAAAAAUAUUACUCCAGAAAAAACAAUAUGUAGUUGAUUGAACAUUCAAAAUUACGACAUUGAGGAUUUGUUACUCCACAUUAUUUAGGUGUUGGUAAAUUUCAUGGUAAACUAAUAGUAAGGCAGAUAGGGGAAAUAUUUGGGGGAAAUUGUGCCUUUGAUGAUACAAGCAUGGCA